AUGUUUCGCCAAUGGUCUGUGCGUCUCCGGCAAAUACUGAGAUUAAUUGAAUAUGAAAUUGUAGGCACUGGAACAAUCCUAUUUACAAAAGAUGAUUUUAUUAUUAUAUUGACAGCAUUUCAUGUUAUUACACCUCAAUAUUUAUUACCAUUAAAUCAGUUAUUAAUUAUAUUUACAGCUGUUGUUAUAUCGGUAAUAAUGGUAACAAUAACAACGUUGAAAUAUGUGAAUUUUCAAAUUAAUUACUUUUAUGUUGUGUUAUUUGGUCUAUUAUAUCCAUUAAUAGGUUGUCUAUUAUUGUAUCUUCUAAUAGCAAUUUUCUUUCCACUACUUUCAAGUUCGUCAUUUAAAUUAGAGUUAGUUAACGAUACUUGA